AUGGAUGUCACGACAAACAAUGGCACCGCAGGCUGGGUUUCAGGACCCAAUACACGGGGAACGAUGGACAUUGUUUGGUCCUCGUUAUUGACAGUCUUUCUUUGUACUUGGACGGCAGUCUGUUUGAAUCUUCCCAAUCCUAAAGAUACUCCAUUUCAAAUCUUUUGCCGCCGGACGAAAUGGAUGUUUUGGGCGAUUGUCUCCCCGGAGUUGGUCCUGUCAGUAGCCAUAGGCCAAUAUGCAUCGGCACGACGAUCUGUGAAGCGUUUCCGCAAGCUCGGAGUGGAUCAAAACAGAUGGACCCUCCGUCAUGGUUUCUAUGCCGACAUGGGUGGGAUGCUCCUUCAGCCUGUCGACAGCACACCUUUUCUGGUCAAUAGCCGUCAAUUGGUGUAUCUGGUCGAGAAGCAGUACUUGGAAUGCCCACCAAUCACUCAAAGUGAGAUAUGGGACAAGUCAAAAACGGAUACACUCGCCAGGCUUCUCAGCUUAGGGCAAUCCAUCUGGCUCAUGAUUCAACUCUUUGGCCGCCUCAUCCUCAAGCUUCCAAUUACUACACUUGAACUAUCCGCCGGGGCGAUUGUGAUUUGUACCUUUGGGACGUUUAUCUGUUGGAUGCACAAGCCAAGCGACGUACACACCGGCAUUGUGCUAAGCAUGGACGUUAGCAUAGCCGAGAUUCUCCUCAAAGCUGGUGAUGCCGCUGCUGCACCUUACCGCCAUACACCUCUCGACUUUGUUGCUAAACAAUCAUUCACUUGUGGUUAUGAGGUGAUGGGAUUCUUCGGUCUACGUUUUGAUGACCGCGAGAGACCCCUGCGACGCUUUCCAAAUGAUAGGUUCCCGGAUAUCGGAACAUUCGAAAAAUUCACAUUGUUUUGUCUGACCUCGGCAUUCGCCUCCUUUCACCUCAUAGGAUGGUAUUUCGCCUUUCCAUCUCGAGUUGAGCAGAUUCUUUGGCGGAUUUCAAGCUCGAUUGUAACGGGAGCAACCGUGUUAUAUUGGGUUCUCGAAACAAUAGCUGCUCGUCAGCGUUAUGGGAGAUGGGACAAAUAUUUAAUCUGGCUGCGCCUGAAAAAACCGCACCCACAUCGACAUAUUGAUGCAGAAGCUACUCUAGCACGUCAGGACACCGUUAGUCGUUUGGACGCCUUUGAAAAAGAGCAAAAAGAGGCAAAGCCUAUCUUACUUUGGGAAGUUGGUAUCAUUCUUCCCGUAAUCGUCUUGUAUGUUAGUGCUCGAGGAUAUAUGCUUGUCGAGGUAUUUGUUGGUUUACGCCGACUGCCAAUCGGGACGUUCACUACCUUUGAAGUCUCAGAAAUGAUACCUCAUUGGUACUGA